AUGAUUUAUAUAAAGGCAAAUAUGAAUAAGUAUUGCUUUAGGAUUAUUUUUGGAACAGAUAUUUCUAAGCUCAAUCCUACUUACUCUAAAAAAAAAGUUAAUCAAAUACUCAACUCAUGUUACAUUUUAUUCCAAGAGACACAUCAAAAGAACUUCCUUAUUCAUUGAAUAAUUGAGAAUAGAUCAAAUAUUUAUAGUGGUUUGAAAUAUAAAAAUCUAAUAGUCAAUAAUUAUAGACAGAUAGAUAUUAAUCUGGAAAAGUAAAAUGUUAGAGGAUAAUGGUGGGUGGUAAGCAUAGCAGAAAUUUAAUUUAAUCGAUUAAAGUAAGGUUUUUGGAAAGAACGAUAGAGAAUUAAUGGACACAUCAAUCAUUUUUGAUAUUAAGCAUAUCACAUA